CUCCUCCGAAUUCUUCUUCGUUCUCCCCCUCUGCAACUUGUCUUUAAACCCCUAAUUCCUGGUUGAGCUCCAUCUCCACACUCUCCUCUUCUCUCUUUUUGCCUCCUUGUCUAAGUGGCCGGUUUCUUGCUCUCCGGAAGCUCCGGCUCUCAGUUUCAGACGCCAGCCGUGCGCAUAACAGCGGCGGGUUGAGUUUUGUGAGUUUUCUGUAAAUUCAACGAGGCCAGUUCAUGGAGUUGGUUCUGAAGGAUGUUAUGGCCUUUUAGAGUCAAGAGUUGGAGGAGGUCUCUGAGAUGAUUGGGGCUCGCUCUUGAAACUGUUUUUAUAUGAAUCUAAUGGCCAAAUCCCUCUCCUUCCCAGCUUACCAAUUCCAACCUCUAAUUAACCCUCGAUACUGCCCUCUCCUGCAACGUCAACUCCUUUAUCCCUACAAAUACCCUCCUUCCCAUCUUCAUCGUUCACGCUUAAUCCUGAGGAACCAUUUCCCGCCCCAAUGUCAAAACCCUAGCAACUCAUCUUCACUGUCGUCCACGCCUGCCCACCAGCAAGAAGAAGAACAACAUCUGGAGCAACUUAAAGAAACCCGGGAAGCACUUUCUUUGUUUCUACAAGAGUUUGGUGUUUCCCCUGAGGAUUCUGUGUUCAUUGCUUCCAACGCCCCCAAGUAUGCUAAUAUGUUGGUGGAUAGUGUGAGGGAUUUGGAGGAAUGGAGUGCGUGGAAGAGUGGUGAUGCUGGGGGAGAGGAGUUUGGGGAGUUGAAAGGUUUCAGGGAGAAGGUCGUUCAUAUGGCCAAGGUGAAAGGUGAUAAUGGGAAAGUUGCCUUCUUGGAGAGUAUUGGCUUGAAUUUGUCCUCUGCAAUGAAUGUUGCUCGGUACCUAUCGAAAGAGUCACUUCCUGGGUUAAUUGAUAAGGUUAAGUAUAUGAAGGAUAUUUUCUUUACUAAUAGUGAUGAUAAAAUACUUUUUGGGAAGAAAGCUCGACGAAUGAUGAUGCACUUAUCAAUUCCCAUUGAUGAAGAUUUGCAGCAAACUUUGUCCUUCUUUGAAAAGAUUGAAGCAAGGCGUGGAGGUCUGGAUAUGUUGGGUUUCUCAGAUGCCUCUUUCCGGUAUUUGGUUGAAUCAUUUCCUCGCAUUCUCUCAUUGCCAAUAGAUUCACACCUAAAGCCUAUGGUGCAAUUUCUAGAAAGUAUUGGAAUUUCCUCGAACCGUAUGGGAAACAUAUUCUUACUGUUCCCACCAACUAUCCUUUGGGGUGCCAAGGGCAUUAGAAGCAGAGUUAAAGCUUUUAGAAAUUUUGAGUUUCAUUCAUUUUCUGCUUCUCAGGUGGAAACUGUCGAUAAGAGCAUUGGUAAAGUACUGGUAAAAUGUCCAUGGGUUCUUUCUUCAGGCAUGAUAGAAAAUUACCGGGAGAUCCUUUCCUUCUUUGAUAUGGAGAAGGUUCCGCGAGGGAGUGUGGAGAGAGCAAUUCAAAGCUGGCCUCACAUCUUGGGAUGUUCACCUGGAAAGCUGAAGGUCAUGGUGGAACAGUUUGGUGAUUUGGGUGUUAGAGACAAGAAGUUGGGUCAAGUUAUCGCAACCAGUCCUCAACUACUACUAAGGAAACCUAGUGAGUUUGUCCAAGGAGUUACAUUUUUGAAGGACCUUGGAUUCACCCAGGAUGAUGUCGGAAUGCUUCUCAGUCGGUGUCCAGAGAUUUUUGCUGCGAGCAUUGACAACACUCUCAGAAAAAAAAUUAAAUCUCUGGCUUCUAUUGGCAUUUAUGAAGAGCACCUUCCUCGAGUCAUAAAAAAGUACCCGGAGGUCCUUGUAUCUGAUUUCAACUCAACUUUACUCCCUCGGAUGAAGUACUUGAUGGAGAUUGGAAUAUCUAAGAGAGACGUGGCGUUCAUGGUCCGAAGGUUCUCUCCGCUUCUGGGGUACAGCAUUGAUAAGGUUCUGAGACCCAAAUACGAGUUCCUAGUUCAGACCAUGGAGAAACCAGUGAGAGACGUGGUUGAAUACCCGAGGUACUUCAGCCAUUCAUUGGAGAAGAAAAUAAAACCCAGGUUCUUGGUGCUGAAACAAAGGAACAUAGAAUGUAGCCUGAAAGACAUGCUUGCUAAAAAUGACGAGGAAUUCAACUCGGUGUUCUUGCAUUCUGGAGGAAGAAUGCCUGUUUCGGAUUCUCCGAGUGCAGAUUAGGGAAUAUGUACAUACGGACUAAUUUUGAUCUAUAAGAGAUUAAAAAUGGCUAGCUUUUAUCAGUGCCAUCAAUUUCUUUUGGUUACUACUACCAUCACCGCCAUGCAUUCUUUCAAAGACGUUCGUUUCAUAGAAACAGUUGGUGUUGAGUUCGAAGUGGC